AUGCAAAAUUCCUUACCGUCAAAAUCCGAUUCUGAUCCUUCGCGGUCACGACCGGGUUUGGUCAAGACGCAUGAUGAAUUUCACGUCAUUACAUUUUGGAUUUACCAAGAGCGAGCCAUCUCGCACAUUCUGAGCAAGGCCAAGGCCUUCAAUGUUGCACGUUCGAUACUGACAGCCAGUCACAAGCCGGGCUGUGAGAUCAUUUUCCAGGUCAAGGAAAAGUGGUUCAAGGUGGUCUGCCUAAAGAAGGACACUCUCAAGGUACAGGAUCGCUUCGCAAGCCUUUUGUCGAGUUUGGAUCAGGACAUCACAUGGGAUGAUGUCGUCGGCCAAAAUCAGAGUCCUUUAGACCACCCAUGGAUACUCCGUUUUCGACAGCCCAUCGACGAUAACGACACAACGCCCAAUGAGAAUGCAAUUGUCACCGACACUGGGUUGGGGCUUGCUCAUGUUCUCGAGGUCCCUUCGGACUUCCAGCAAUAUAAUUUUGUGCGCAUUUUCCACGAUAUCGACGAUCUGGAGCCCGAAGGGGUCAUUUGCGAGGACAUCAUCUGCCAUAAGUGGAUGGCCGAGCUUGAACGUUUGUCAUCCGUCCGUAUAGCAGCGCCUGGGGUAGGACGUAUCGUUUAUAUCGGCGGCGAGAUCCGGAGCGACGUUGACACGGCUGUGGCUCGUCUUUCAAAUAUACACAAACGCUUCCAUGAAGCCAAACCCCAGGUCCAGCAUAUCUUGUAUGCAGAGUCUUCUGCCCGGGGCACACCAGUUGAGGCUAGGCUUUGCAACGACAUAAACCCCGUUUUGGUGUCGGGAUGCAUCCUUGAUCCCAUACAUGGGGCAAAGGCCAUGCUCGAGGAGUAUAGAGAACUCAAAAAGGCCGUCAGCAUCAGAGCUGUGCAAGUCGGGCCUAACGGCAAAAAGCAGUCAUUCUUUGGUCCGCGGUCAAAGGGCUCCUUCAAGGCACCACAAGGGAGACGAUACAUUCAGCAAGUUGCCAGCUGGAGGUAUGUGUCUAAGCAGCCUAGUUCUGUAGCCGGUGCAGCGAGCAGUAUAAGCAAGGCCGGCUCCUACCUUGGAGAGAAACCCACGGUUAUGGGAUGGAUGCAAAACGUCACUUUGAACCCCCCUGCGGGAAAUGGAGUGAUCGAUUCCAACCUUGGUAUAUCCCAUGAGGCUGCUGCUCCUCCGAUAUCCAAAAAGUUGAGGCACCCAAACCUGACUUCUCCAGCGAGGGUUGGUCUGUUAUCUCAGCCACGAGCUCACCAAAACAGGGAAAGUAGUGAUGCAGUUGGUAAACAGCACGUAAUGAAUAUUGGAACCGACGCAUGCCAGCCCAAAUAUCUGGGCUUUUCGCGGCCACAAUCGACAGGAGCCCAGCCUGGUACCUUACAAAAGCCAAAAAAGCCUUGGUCCUCUGCAGCUGCAACAUCAGAAACAAACGCAACCAGUGCAUUGGAUGCCUAUAGGACCCAGGUAGGAACGCAAGCAUGGGGUCAUGAUACAUGGCCUGCUCCUCCACCUCCAGCCUUGGCCUCUCUCGCUGAAUAUCCGGCCCUCGGAACGCCAGCAAACUCGAAAUCAAGCCUCAGACCACAGCAUGGCUCGCCAGCCUCCACUAAGCACCCGCAGCCAGUCAGCAGAUCCGAGAAUCACCUGCCAGAAAAGACAUUCUACUCGCAGCAUCUGCUUGAGGAAACGCCACGUGGGCCUCAAGAGAUGAACACAAAUCCACUGCGGCCCUUUGCGUUUGAUAUGGAGCCACUUAUCCCUCUUCAGGGAUCAAGUAAUCCUCAUCCUUCGAUUGUGGCCCAUGAUGACAGGGAAACCGACACAUUCCACAGGACGAUGAGACAGAUGGCGCCGUCACGCAGGCUACAAACACGUUCUCAUCAAGCAGUAUCACUUGUUCAAUCGCCUGUGACCGUGACGAUGGAUCCAGAUACUGUAUUUAUGGAGAAUCUCAACCACAAGGUUGGUGGUUUGCUUGAGCAUCUACGUUUCCGAAGGGGGAAGGUAGACCUCUGCGUUGUAUUUGGGCGCGCUUACCUCAAGCGAUUCACCCGAGAAGGGCUUGCGAUGAACAAGAAGUACGAGGAUCAUUACGGUUGGGACCCAGAAGUUUUUCUGGGCAGAAUGCAAAAACGGUAUUCGUCGUCAGAUGACGUACUCUUUGCAAAUAUACUUUCCAUAUACGGCCAGGACGCAGAGGCUUUGCACGAAAUCACCAGGCGGUGUGCUCCCCAGGCCCAAACUGACAAAGCGAAGCCAUGGGAGCAAAAUGGCAUCCGCGUGAUAUAUGAGUUUACGUGCCAGAUCGGCAAUGAAAACGCUUUUGUCGUUGAGCUUGAUGCUAAGAGCUUCAAGUUUGAGAUCAGGUAUCUAUCCAAUCAAGUGGCCCCGAUUGUUAUUCAUUGCCUCCAUCGCCAUUGGGACUUGGCUGUCAAUGCUGCAUGCUCCCCGGUCGAAGGGGUCAACAAUCACCAGCUGUGCCAGACCUUUGCCGAGAACCUGGUGAAGUCUUUGGAGAUUCCUCCAAACACGACUGGAAAGCCUCAACUAUGCUACACCGAGGCAUACCAUAACAGUCCAAACAAGCCAAUAGUGACUGCACUGCGCGUCCUGCACAUCGUGAGCUUUGGUUCUCCCGACAAGGAAACUCAACUUCGCGUCACGCAAGUCCAGGACAUGUCGACAACAUUACUUCCGGGCCGCCACGGAGGUUGGAAUCGAUACAAAGCUUCUGUGGCGAAGGAAAGUCCGGACCAAGGCAUCUUCUCGACUUGGUUUACAGCAUCCAUGUCAUCCGUCAAAGCUGAUGAAAUGCUCAAGUCAAACAUGACCUUGGAACUAGGGGAUGAAGCGAGAUGGACCACGGAAGCCUUCUUGAAAGACGGGUGCGUCCACUCACUAUUCAAACGUGCGUUGGCAAUAGUGAAAGAGAUGGACGGCAUCGGCGUUUUGUGCGAUAAUGGGCACGGGGUGCCUUCUGGUGAAGUGAUCGACAUCCCCAGUUCACUAGCACAAGUCGACUUUUGGUAG